CAAUGCUGGCCAGCAACAGCAGUUGCUUCCCCCCGACGACUCACCUUCCGCAGCAGCAGCAAUAGCAACAGUUAUCAUUAUCACAACAACAACAAUAACAAUAACCACAGCAAUGUGCGGCACAAAGCUGCUGCUGUUAGUGAUGGCCGCAGUUACUCCAAGUUUAGCAGUCACCUCAACAGCGAACGUGCCAUGGAACUACUCUGCAAUCUGGAUGAGGACGAACGUCACAAUCUUCGGGAUGCCAUGUUCAAGAUGGAAUCGGACAAAGUGAAGAAGUUGUACGAGAGUCAGCUGGCAGUUGGCAGCUGGCGAACUCGCUUUGGACGACUCUCGAAUAAGACGCCGCUGGGCGCUGUGGAUCCAUCGGGCACAUUUUGUGCCAUGCCAGACGAUUGGCUUAAAAAGAAAUUGGUGGAAGCAGCAGAACCGCCAACGGCAGCACAGCUUUAUAGCAUUUUCUUUGUAAAUGCGGUGCCAUUUAUCGCCUUUGGCUUUCUGGACAAUUUCAUCAUGAUCAUGGCCGGUGAAUAUAUUGAAAGCUAUUUGGGUCACUUCAUAACACUAUCGACGAUGGCCGCCGCUGGCCUGGGCAAUACGAUUAGUGAUAUUAUUGGCAUUACCACAGCCUCCUAUGUGGAAUCCACCUGCCACUUAUUGGGCCUGAAGCAGCCCCGAAUGACUCCACAGCAAUUUGAACUACAGUCCAGCAGACGAGCCUCCAGUUGGGGUCGCAUUAUAGGCAUCACUAUUGGUUGUUUGCUGGGCAUGUGUCCAUUGUGGUUUAUAACGCCCGAGGAAAAGGAAUGUCCAAAGGAGUAGAGAGCAAAUAGUUUUUUAGUAAAUUCGUCAAUUGUUCAGGACUGAUGAACGUCGUAGUCCACACAAAAAGUAUAAAUGAUUUUCGUUCUGCAAAGAGACACUCAAAGUACCUACUGACUACUAUACUAUUCAUAUAUUCAUAAGUUUUUAUAUAGUUUAAAAAAUAUGUUAGGUUUUACAUGAAUGAGUAUAUUGUUAUAUGAGCACUUUGAGCACUGAUUCUGACUGCACUCACACACUCACACACACAGAAUGUAAAAUCCAAGUUGCUUUAAGUUUUAGGAAUGAGCUCAAGACCAGUUGAAAGCAAUCGGAAACAAUUGAUAUUUGAUAAUUUGUAAUUCACUGAAUCGAAAUACUAUAUCAAAAAUAAAACAAAACAUUUAAAAAUA